AUGGAAUUUCCUGAACGAACUCACCUUGUGAAUGACAAAGCAGCCAAGAUGUAUACCUUCACACUAGAGAGUGUGGAACUUCAACACAAACAUGUGAAUCAAGAUCAGUUUCCUGGAGAAAGGCCAGAAGAGCUGGAACUAGAAGGCAUCUAUCAUUGCCACAGCCACUCAAAGGCCGCGGAAAACAGAGCACAGGAGCAAGUGCAUGCCAAAUGGAAACUUUGUGCUGCUUCAGCGAUGUGUUUUGUUUUCAUGAUUGCAGAAGUUGUGGGUGGACAUAUUGCUGGGAGCCUGGCUGUCAUCACCGAUGCUGCCCAUCUCUUAAUUGACCUGACCAGUUUCUUGCUCAGUCUCUUUUCCUUGUGGUUGUCAUCCAAGCCCCCUUCCAAGCGACUGACAUUUGGGUGGCACCGAGCAGAGAUCCUUGGUGCCCUGCUGUCAGUCCUUUGCAUCUGGCUGGUGACUGCUGUGCUGAUGUACAUGGCAUGUGAACGCCUGAUAUACCCUGAUUACAAGAUCCAGGCAACCAUUAUGGUCAUUGUUUCAAGUUGUGCGGUGCUGGCCAAUAUUGUACUCACUGUGGUUUUGCACCAGAGAGGUCUAGGCUCUCGUCACGGGGAGGGACAAGAAAACGCCAGUGUGAAGGCAGCUUUUGUGCAUGCCUUAGGAGAUGUAUUUCAGAGCAUCAAUGUGCUUAUCAGUGCCCUUAUUAUCUACUUUAAGCCAGACUACAAAAUUGCUGACCCAAUCUGCACAUUUAUCUUUUCCAUCAUGGUUUUGGCCAGUACCAUUAGGAUCUUAAAAGACCUCUGCAUCUUGCUUAUGGAAGGUGUACCAAAGAGCAUGAGUUACAAUGGCGUGAAAGAGCUUCUCUUAGCAGUGGAUGGUGUGGUGUCAGUGCAUAGCCUGCAUAUCUGGUCUUUAACAACAAACCAAGUGAUUCUCUCAGCUCAUGUUGCUGCAGAAGCCAGCCAGGACAGCCAGACAGUGCAGAAGAGGAUUGCUCAAGCCCUCCGAAGUAGCUGUACCAUGCACACACUCACCAUUCAGGUGGAAUCUCCAGCUGACCAGGACCCCAAUUGCCUUUUCUGUGAAGACCCUCAGGACUAG